AUGAGGAGCUUGCAGAGAUUGGUUCUCCACAACAACAGCAUUGAAGGACAUAUUCCCUAUGAGCUUUGUCAUACGAGAAAUCUGGGAGAACUAUCACUAGGAAAUAACAAAAUAUCCGGAUUGAUCCCGGAUUGCAUAGGAAACCUCAACCACCUGCAGAUACUUCUCCUCAAUUCCAACAACUUGACAUCAUCAAUACCAGUGAAUUUAUGGAACCUUGAAAGUCUCUUAUUCUUAGAUUUGUCAUUCAAUUCCUUCAGUGGAGAAUUACCUGCAAGAAUGAGAAACUUGAUUUCUCUUCAAGGGAUAGAUUUAUCUUGGAACCAAAUCAGUGGGAACAUUCCAAGCAACAUUGGAGCUUUUCAAAGCCUAAACUAUUUUAACAUGUCAAACAACAUGUUUAUGGGACCUAUUCCACAAACUUUUGGUGACCUAAAAGGGUUGGAAUUCUUGGAUCUAUCCGACAAUAAUCUGUCAGGUGCAAUACCAAAAUCUCUGGAAACACUCAAAUAUCUCAAAUACAUAAAUCUCUCUUUCAAUCAGCUCUCUGGGGAAAUUCCUUCUGAGGGACCAUUUGUCAACUUCACUCCUCAAUCAUUUCUGGAGAACCGAGCACUUUGUGGGAAGCAAGAUUUUGGAGUUCCACCUUGCAAGGGUCGUAGAGCACAAAAAUCAAAGAGGGUUCAUCGUUUGCUCAAAUAUACUCUUCCAGUAAUUGCAUCGACGAUAGUUCUCAUUGCUCUACUUUUUUUUAUCUGCACAAAGUAUCGAAAAGGAAAUGCAAGCAUAAUUUCGAGUUCAGCUGAAGAGUUACUGGGAACAAAGCAUAGAAUGAUAUCAUAUCAUGAACUCCGUUGCGCUACGAAUGAUUUCUGCGAAAGCAACUUGCUUGGAGCAGGAAGUUUUGGCUCUGUGUAUAAAGGGAUUCUAUCUGAUGGGACAAUUGUCGCGGUCAAAGUUUUAAAUAUGCAAAUGGAACGUGCUUCGAAAAGUUUCAAUGCAGAAUGCAAUGUGUGGCGAGCAAUCCGGCAUAGAAAUCUUGUCAAGGUGAUAACUUCUUGCUCGAGCCCUGAGGUAAGAGCUCUGGUGUUGCAGUACAUGUCUAAUGGUAGCCUUGAGAAGUGGUUGUACUCUCACAAUUAUUGUCUAAAUCUUUUGCAAAGAGUUAGCGUGUUGGUUGAUGUUGCAUUAGCUUUGGAAUAUCUCCAUCAUGGUCAGUCAGAACUUGUGGUGCAUUGUGAUUUGAAGCCUAGCAAUAUCCUUCUGGAUGAUGAGAUGGUUGCACAUGUGGGAGACUUCGGCCUUGCUAAAAUUUUAGCAAAUAUUAAGGAUGCAACACAAACCAGAACUCUUGGUACGCUUGGUUAUAUUUCACCAGAGUAUGGUUAUGCAGGAAUAGUGUCAACAAGAGGUGAUGUAUAUAGCUUUGGGAUUAUGUUGUUGGAACUAAUUGUGAGAAAGAAGCCUACAGAUGAAAUGUUUGCUGAAGAAUUGAGUUUGCGGCAGUGGAUAAACGCGUCGCUCACUGAUAGGGUUCUGGAAGUGGUAGAUAUAGGUUUAUUGAACACAGAAGAGGGAAGAGACAUGAAUGCCACAGAAGACAUCAUUUUUUCAAUCAUGGAAAUAGGACUGAGGUGUUCUGAAGAUGUGCCAGAGAAAAGAAUGGACAUCAAGGAUGUGGUGCCCCAGCUCAUGAAAAUAAAAUUGGGACUUGAAAAGUAUGGUUAUGCAGGAAUAGUGUCAACAAGAGGUGAUGUAUAUAGCUUUGGGAUUAUGUUGUUGGAACUAAUUGUGAGAAAGAAGCCUACAGAUGAAAUGUUUGCUGAAGAAUUGAGUUUGCGGCAGUGGAUAAACGCGUCGCUCACUGAUAGGGUUCUGGAAGUGGUAGAUAUAGGUUUAUUGAACACAGAAGAGGGAAGAGACAUGAAUGCCACAGAAGACAUCAUUUUUUCAAUCAUGGAAAUAGGACUGAGGUGUUCUGAAGAUGUGCCAGAGAAAAGAAUGGACAUCAAGGAUGUGGUGCCCCAGCUCAUGAAAAUAAAAUUGGGACUUGAAAGUAGUAGAAAUUAA